AUGUAAAAUUAUAGUAGUGAUGAAGACAUCUCAUCUAUUCCAGAAGAUGAAUAUUAAGAAUAUGAUAAAUAAGAUUUUGAAGCUAUACAAUUUGCUGAUAAUAAAUAAAAUAUAAGCGAAGUUGAUGAGGAUAAUGAUGAUGAUGAUGAUAAUGAAAGUUAACAUGAAUAAUAAUUACAAAAUAAUCAUAAAAUAUAAAAAAAUGGAAUCAAAUUUAGAUUACCACAAAACAAUUAAAAUGAAAAUAAGAAAUCUCAGUUAAAUGUAAAUAAUUUUAAAGUUUUGACUGAAACUACAAAUUAAUUAAAAAACACUAGUAAAAUUGAAAAUAGACCAUCAACUUCUUCAUCAUAUAAACCUAUUUAUACAACUAGCAUUCAUUAAAGUUAAUAGAUGCAAAAAAAAUAUAAUUACAAAUAGAAAUCAUUUAAUACAUUACCAAAAAAAUCUGAUCCAGUUGCUAGAUAUUAAUAAAUGUCAUAAUAAUGGAAAAAAACUAAGUUUUUAUAAAAUACUAAUGGAUAAAAAGAAGGUAGAAAAUUGAAUUUAGAUACAAGAAUUGAAUUAUAAAAAUAAGAAUUAAAAGAGUCUGGAAUGUUUCAUAGAUAUAUUGCAAAGUCGCAAUUAUUUUUAUGA